GUCUCUGCCAGACAGUUCCUGCUGCCAGAAGCGGUGCUCUACUAGCAGCAGGACAGCUGCGGCUAGACUGAUCGCCACGAGCUCAUAAGCCGGCGCGCGCGGCUGUUGCCUUGGUGAUGGCGGCAGCCCUCCGCCCUUUCGACGCCGGGGCUCGUGCUGUGGCGGCCCCGCCCACCUAUUGCUGUCGUUGAACGGACGACCCGGAGGACACACACGCCCCUCGGCUCUCGCGCCAGUUGAGCGACCCGCCAUGGAGACUCUUCCCGAUGCUUCAACUCGCAUCAUUUCUGAGGAGAAAAUGAUUGUACACUUAUGGAAAUACUUGUAUAGUCAUGUUUUUCGAUUUUGGCUGAAAUGGAUAUUGAGACAGCUCACUGGCAAAUGUGAACUGCAGCGAAUUUGUGAAGGCUCAAGGAGAAAUGCAUCAAGGACACUAAAAAUUGAGCGCUCACUGGAAUUGUCAAAGAAUAAGGUUUUACAAAAGGCAGUGUAUGUUACUGAAGAUGAAGUGGAGAUAUGUGUAAAACAGAUAAUGAAGGAAAAGAAGAUUAAUGUACAAAAGGAUGCAGGGUUUGCCUUGAAAUUACAGAUAUGUUUGCUACAGAUAUCGGGUUAUAAGAUAUUUUAUUUGGCAGUAGAAGAUCUGAGAAAAUGUCCAUAUAACUCUGAUAAUAAAGAACAUGAGGAGCAACUAAUUGAGCUUUGGAAUCUGUUGAUGCCCCAUGAAAAACUGAAGGCUAGAGUCACGAAGCAGUGGUGUGACAUUGGUUUCCAAGGUGAUGACCCCAAAACAGACUUCAGAGGAAUGGGCAUGCUGGGAUUAGUUAAUCUUCUAUACUUUAGUAAAAAUUAUACCCGUGAAGCUCGUAAAAUCCUUGCUCGUUCAAACCAUCCAAAACAUGGGUAUUCCUAUGCAAUAGUUGGAAUCAAUUUGACAGAGAUGGCUUACAGUUUAUUAAAGAAUGGUGCUUUAAAAUCUCACAUCUACAACCUGGUUUCUGGAAUGCCACUCCUGGAACACUUUCAUCAGUUUUAUUGUUAUUUGGCUUACGAGUUUGACAAAUUUUGGUUUGAAGAAGAACCAGAAAGUAUUAUGUUCUUCAACCAGUACCGAGAGAAAUUUCAUGAAAAAGUCAAAGGAAGUCUUCUGGAUUACAAUGUGGUCCUUGCCUUAAAAAAUGAAAAAUAGGAAUGUGUACUUUUUUGGGUUCUGCACAUAAAAAUUAUGCACUUGACUGGAAUUCUCAUAUUUAACCAAAAACUCAAUUUAAUGAUCAAAGUUUUAUACAUAUAAUCUUUUUAUAAAUGGUCAAUUGAGAGAGCUUGGACAAUCAACACUUAUUUAGGAUUGUACACUAUUUGCUAAAGGUAAGAAUUACCAAGAUCUUUAAUGGAUCACAGGACCUUAUGACUUCCCAACACUGUGCAGGAAAUGAAAUAAGUACUUGGGCUGCAUCAUAUUCUCUAGCAAUAGCUUCAUUUCCAAAUUUAACUAGUGAUUAGUUUACAGUGAGAUGUUGCAAUACCUUUUAGAUAAAUAGUCCUGUUUUUAGACUUGUAGGUUUGGUUCUGUUUCCUUAUUUUGUUCUUUUCCAAAAUGAGGCACACAAUCUUUCACUUUUUAACUUGGAAGAACACAUGCGCACAAACAAGGUUAAAUUAUUUUGGUGUAUAAACUUGGAUUUAGCUAAGAGUAUUGUAUAAUACUUUUGGUUCAGUUGAUAUUUUCAUGAAAGUAGUAGCUAGAAAUGGCCAGAUGAAAUAAAUUUUCUUCUUAGCUAAGUAUAUUUCCCUGUACUGGAGUAUAUAUUUAAGGCUAUGCCUCUGACUUCACAUAUCGAUCACUUGUCUGGUUUUUGUUUUGUCAAAUGUAUAACUGGCAAAGGAGCUGGAGAAAAUUGGAGCUCAAGAUGAUAAACAACUGGCCAGCUGAAUGAAUUAUUCCUUUCAUACACUUCUGUGUAUUGUGGAAGGCAGCGCAGAUGGCGUCUUCUCAGACAAUCCAGGCAAUAGGAUUUUAUACCUAUUGAAAAUCUACUAAGUCUUGUUUAAAAUGUUUCUGGAUAUGCUUCUUUUGCAGCUUGUAUAUAUUUGUUGGGGAUGAGUAAGUUCAAAGCUUUGUCUUUAAAGUGCCUUCUGCUUGUACAAUUGAGCCUCAUCCCAGAGACUUUGGAUCUGUGGCUGUCUCUGCACAGUUCUUAGCAUGUAAUGGCUUGGCAGCUGUUGUAAGCACUGAUACUGCAGCUGAGGAAAAUCCAUGCUUUAUCUUGCAAACUGGUAAUUGACUAGAUAGUUUAUAUUAUCAGUGAGAAAUAAAAAUUAAGAGAUAUUGUAGGAAACUGAUUCCUAAUUAUCAUUUGGCAAUACUUUAACACUACGGGCAAUAUCUAUGCUGCAAGUAUUAACACAACCUGUGACUUCUUACAUUUAUUGGCCACAUGGCAUAGCAAAACAAAAAAUGAGGAACAAUUCUUAUUUAUUAAACAGAAGUUUAGUGUCUUCACAAAAUAUACUGUCCCAUUGGGUAAGACUGCUAGAAAAAGCGUGGGGGGAGAUUUGUUUUCCGUAUCUACAUCUACUUCUAUAGAUAUUCAAUAUUUUUGUGCAAUAAAAUAUUCCUACAACACAAAUUUUGGUUUAUUUUUUGUGCAAAAUGAGUUGUGGCUGAGAGCUUUUUGUACAGGGUUAGCCCUGUCUUCUAUGACUGGGAAAAUAGAGAAUUAAUAGAUGCUGCCUAUAUGGGCACAUGACCCCUGGGAAAGUGCAAGCAUGCCAUGCAAACCUCUCCAAGUCCAGUUCCCAUGCCUUUUGCCCAACAUACUCUGCUCAUUUGUGACUGGCAUUUGAAGUUGAAUGGAGAAUGUCAGACAGAAGGCUUAGAAACUGGAUUUUGGUGAGUUUGCAUAACAUACCUGCCAGGAGAGGGUGCUCCUAGUUCCUGACAUUUUCCAUCAGACUUACUGAUGGUCAUGUAAACCCACCCUCUAGGAGCACAGGAGCUGUUGGUUCAUGGUAUUAUGUAUAACCAAAUCAUUGUUUUCAUGCUACAAAUGGUAACCUUUCCAACUGCUACAAAUGGUAACCUUUCCAUUUUUGCAGUGUGGGAGAAUGGUGAUCAUAUGUUCAAUUCCAUUUAACUGUAUCCUUUUGAAAUAGCUUAACUGAAAAUUGCAUCAGAAAUACUGGAAAUGGAAGGUGGCAUGGUAAAUAUAGCAGAGAAAAAAUUAGGACAAGUCCCCAUGAGAAUUUGUCACAUACUAGUUCAUUGCCUUAGUACUAAACCAGAAUUGUAGGAAGCUCUAUUUUCUCUUUAAACCUGCACACUUUACCAUGUGCACAGCAGCAUUCCUAUUGUCUCAAUGAUUUCCCAGUCUGCCUUUUGGACUUGCAGGAAAUUGCACUGUUUGGUUGGCUUCUGGGAAUUAGAUAUUCUGAAUCAACCCAUCUGACCCCUGACAAGCAUAACUUGGGUGUCAGCUGGGUCACACAGUCUAGAAAAGUAAAGAUCAUGGAGUUAUCUUUUUCUGACCUGUAGUCAGAAACAUAAGGAAUACUGCCAUCAGAUUAGAAAUCCCAUCAAUUUAAUGCUAGUGAUGGAUGGAUCCACACCACUCAGAAAAUAUUUCACAAGAACUAGAUUUUUAGAUCUUGGUUCUCCUAAAAUUCUGGAUUGUGUGCUAGAACAUGGUGAAUUACAAAAUGGCCAGUUCAAUGUCUAGAACUGCACAUAUUUUGGCUAGCCUUCAUAAGUAACCAAAAUAUAGUCACCAUGAAUCUCCUCCUGCCAAUUAGGGUUAGGGGCAGGGUAUUGUCUCUAACAUCCUGGUGACUUUCUUCAUUGUUGCAAGUGAAUUCAAAGGAUGUCUGCUUCAAAGCUCAAAAGAAAUGGUGGCAGCGGCGGGAGGGGGGGGUGUCAUUGGCAUGUUUAUGGUAGUGACUGUGGAGCAAAUUUGUGUUCCCAAAUCUGUUCUUGUGCUUCUGGCAACUUUAGGACCAGAUCAUAGGAUAACUCAUUUUUUUAAAAAAACUAGACUAGAUUGUGGUAAUUUUUAAAGCACAAGAUGAUUUGGUGCUGCUGGUAUUGGUAACGCAUCAAGUUUGUCAGUGUUAAGAGUCUUUGAAUGGUGCUAACAAUCAUCCUUGAGAAUCCUACAGUCUGACAUGUUAGCUGUGUUGUAAAUAUUUUGAAAUCCUUAAUGCCAAUUGGCAGAACAUGUAUCUUCACUAUUCUACCUCCCCUGUUUAGUUUUUGGUUUGUUUAUAAAGCAGCAUUGCUUAAAAUACAGAGAGCAAUGUGGAUGUAUGUUCAGGUAUAAUCAUUAAAAUGGAAUGCAUUCUACCUUUCUUCCAUGCAGUGUGUUCAACAGGCAAAUGGCUUGUAUAUAUACUUGCCCAUUUUAUUUCAAGAAUUCAUUCCAGAUUUGUAUUUGAAUAACUUAAUGGACUAAUUUUGUACUGUGAAAAACUGGGGGGAAAUGGUGUUAAACAUUUUUAAAGUAAACAGGGUUCUUCAUUAAAUAUUGCAUUGUGACAAUCCCAGGAAAAUAUACCAGUAGACCUCCAUUUUUUAAUUUAAAAAGCUUGCUUGAAGAGGUAAAGCUUGGCUUGCAUGUGAGUGGCCAUUUGUUCCUCCAAACAAUAAUGAUGUCUCUGUAGUGGGUGUCUCUAAGAGUUUACAAUAGAAUUGACAAGCAAAAGUACAAAAACUAUGUAUAAACUAUAGGUGCUAUUUUAUUACUGAUGCCCGGUCUAGAGUAUCUGUUACUGAGCUUAUUCCCAUGGAGACACUGAAGGAUCGUUCAAAUAAAGUAUUUGAAAUGCUAGAGACCAUAGGAAGCUAAUUGCAUUGUCUUUUAAAGCAAGCUUACCUAGCUUUCCAAGAAUCAAAUUUCAAUGUUGUCAAUUACAAUUGUGCUAGUAACAUUUUGAACCACUGUUAUUUCUAGUGCUUAUCCACUUGUAUUAGUUACUUCCGUGAAGCAUUUAUGUCUUUCAGUUGAUACUUAAUGUUGUGCCCCUUUCUUUCCACUGUAAGCAGUAUUUGUGGAGUCACUUAAAUCUUUUUGUGAGAGACCACUGCCCAGUAUUAGAGGUGUGUGUGUAUCACUUUAUGGAAGCAAUAAUAUGUAAAUCUUGUUUGGGAGUGGCAUGAGAAUGUUGACAAAUAAAGAUCAAGUUGAUCAGAAACUGUC